GUAGUGGUAAACACCAAGCAGUGCAGAGCAGAGCGACCCCUCAUCAACACCUGCGUAGAAAGACUGGGGUGGACGCGCGAUGACGAGACAAACAACAAAGGAAACAUCAUUUGGCUGGGGGGCUCCGUGCCGGACCACGACCAUUUGCAUUUUAUGAGAAACGCACAAGUAGUGAAUCGGUUCCCUGGCAUGUGGGAUAUGACAAAGAAGAGGAUGCUCUCCAAGAUUCUCUACUUCUACCAGGACCUUUUCCCUGAAAUCUACGACUUUUCCCCUCCUUGCUGGUCAUUUCCUGAGGAUCGCGCUCGCAUAGAAGAGAUUUUGCACCCUCGAAACACAGACACAUACAUUAUCAAGCCGGAUGGUGGUGCGAUGGGCAGUGGAGUGCAACUAGUCUCUCGGUACAAGGAUAUUGACGCAGUCAUUCUGCGGGGCGAGGGGAAUUACGUCAUGCAAAAAUACAUUGACAACCCCAGACUCCUUAAUAGGCGCAAGUUCGACCUCAGGAUUUACGCCGCUAUUUACUGCGUUACAAAGCAGCUCAAGGUCUAUGUGUCCAAAGUUGGUAUGGCCCGUUUCUGCACUGACGAGUACCGAGCGCCUACCCGAAGGAAUCAAGACAAUGCAUUUAUGCAUUUAACCAAUUAUUCCAUUAACAAAGAGAACACGAGUUCCUUCAUUCGUUCCCCCGACAUUCAUAGCAACACCAACAGCAAGCGGCUCCUUAAGGACGUUCUUGAGGACCUUAGAGCAGCAGGCGUGAAUGUACAGAAGGUGUGGCGCAACAUAAAGGACAUAACUGUGAAGACCUUCGUCUGUCUGCAGCCUUGGCUGAAUUUGAGGUAUCGCCAUGUUUAUAGAGGGGCCAAGCAGCACGAGGCUUCCCGAUGCUUUCAAUUCCUCGGACUGGAUAUUCUGUUAGAUGAAGACGACAACUGCUGGCUCUUGGAAGUGAACUCGAAUCCCUCCCUUCGCAUCGAUUACUUUGACAGCCAGUACGAAGGCAUCGACGUGCAGCUGGAGAGUACAAUGGAUAGAGCAAUCAAAGAGCCUGUUGUUAGCGAGGCCUUAGCCCUUGCCAGCAAGCUGCUGCUUAAGCCGGACCGCAAAAAGCUGCGCGGGGGGGGCAGCGCGUUGGGGAGCGAAGCAUCGGCAGGAAAGAGAACGGCUGCGAAGAUCCAAGGCAGCCCAACAGCAGCACGUGCAGCUGCUGGGGGUCGCACCACCAAGGCGAAGGGUCAGCCUGCUGUCGGCAGUAGGAGUUCUAAGGCUAAAAAGACAGACGCGGAGACGACUGGAGUCUCCCCGCAAGGCCCAGCGGCACCGGAGUUGCUCGAGACGGUCUCCCCGAUCUCUUCCCCAGCAUCGCCCUCUGCUAGCGGCUUGCCCAUAGAUCGUCAAAAGAUACUUCGGCAACUAUGCUCAGUGCGCGCUGCAACAAAAAAGCCUGAGGUUUGCUCAGAAACCCUGUAUACCCCUAAAGCGGCACGAUCUACUUUUGUAGUUGGCUUUGUUUUUUCCCUGACUUUGGCCCUAUCUUUGGGUCCUUUUAUUCCUGCAUGCAGUGCUGGUCUGGAGGAGAAAAGACGCGUCCGAAGGGUCAACAGUACUGAGAACCUCUCCUCUCACGGACCCUUGUCGGGAGGAGCGUUGAAGGCAAGGCCUUGCAUGACUCCUGCUGUUACUGCUGGAGGGUCAGAGGCCUCCAAGGGAUCGCCUAAAGCACCAACGCCUUCCCAGGAAGGCUUUAGCGCUCUUUCGUUGCCUUCUGCAGCUUCGCUGUAUAAUCGCAGGGCCAAAGCCAGAGAUGCUCCUAGGGGGGAUGCCCAAGGCGACGUCUCUGAUUCGGAGGCAGGAGAUCGCAUUUGUCCGCAAGUGGACGAUGAACUGGUUUCCGCUGCCUAUAAGGAGAUCGAAAAGUGCAUGGAGUGCUUCAACGUGCUGGGCUUGCGCUUCCAAAGAACCUCCAUGCUGGCGCUCAAGCAGAACAGCACCUGCAGCAACAGCAGAUGGGGAAACUGCGGAGGGCAGCAAGGCGACGAGGCAGCAGCCAACAAAACACAGAGAAAAGCCCCAAAGACCCGCAUGCGUGCCCCCUUCAGGCCGUUUCUUAGAAAGGACCGUCAUGCGAAGAAGGGAGCGCAGCCCGUCAAGAGUACUUACACCAAGUUGCAUAAGGAUAUUCUAAAGCCCAUGCCUGCGAAAGAGCUGUCUCCCCAGGGCUGCUGGCUGUCUCUGGAGUCGGAGGCCCUAGUGCUUACAGAGCAAACAAGCCUGGUGCGAAGAGUGCAGCUUUUGUUCGAAAGGCUUAUCGAGUUUCCCAAACGAAUUGCUCUGGAGCGGAGCAGAUGGGUGCAAGUCUGCGAAGCCGCGAAUUUCAAGGAAGUUGUGCGGAAGGCGAGUCGGUCCGGCUCCUUCCACAGGAGCGCAAGUGCAGCUUCUGUGCUGCCGGAUUCAUCUGACUGCCCAGGAUGCACUUCUGCAGCGUUUGGCUUUCAUGGCCGUCCAGGGGGCCUCGUGCGGCAGCGCAGCAACGCCAGCGGCACCGCUGUGGGCCUCUCGAAUCUCCGAGUGAGCCGCCGUCGACGACUCACCCUGAGCGACCUGGAUAGUUUGUUUGUUCAGCAGCUCCAGCAAAUGCGCAGGCAGACACAGCUGCAGGAUAGUGGCCGAGGGUUGGGCCUGUUGGAAUUCGCUCACAUGCUCAAGAUCCUCGCCGUAAUCCUGUACCCGUUUCUGCCCCCGAAGGCCACCCUCGUGGCGCUCUUCCUCGCGGAGACGGGCACGAAGGCUGAGGGCGGCAUUGAAGAGGUCGUGGGGGCUCUGGAGAGGGAAGAGCAGCUAGCGCUAGCUCCGGGAGGCGCGGCGGGGGUGCUGGGUGCGGCUGCCUUGGCGCGUGCGCGGUCGUCCGCGCUCAAGGAAACGCUGGCAAAGCAAAGGGAGGAGGGGACUGGAGCGCAGUCGGAGGAGGCCGCUUCGACUGCGUCAAACUUGCCGUCCAGCCAGGAUUGCGCAGUGGCGGAGGAAAAGGAGUCCCCAAAGAGGGCUUUGCCCGCGGCGGCUCCCCAGGAAAAAGAGGGGGAGAAGGGUGCUCGGGGGAAGAGUGCGCAGACAGAGUGCAGGGGCCCCUCUUCUCUGCCUGCUGGCGCGCAGCAGGCAACGGAGAAGGUGGCUCCAGGUGCACCUGAUUCCCCGGCAAAAGAAGGAGACGGCGGCAAGCAGAGGCCCCCUUCCGAGUGCGCUGCACGCCCUGCAACGGCUGCUGAAGAGGCAGCGAGGGUUGACGGGCGCUGCUGGCAGCCUCGAGCCUCUCGUGAGAAUCGCAAAUCUGGAGGAUAUCUUCGGAGCUCACCAGCAGUACAGCAAGAACCGUCAGCAGCAGCAGCAGGGACGGCUGCGCCGGCAGUCGGGGGGGAGAGAGACAGCUACAACGCUGGAAGCGCUUAA